AUGCCUGAGCUUUCUCCAUUCAACAUAAUUAACCGUAUCAAGAGUACCGGAAGGUCGCGAUUUAUUGAAAAGUUAAUGCCAGAUGAUUCCAUAAAAUCGAUAUCACAAGCACAAGAAAUAUUACUGGAAAAAACCUCUAAUAAACCUUCCCAUAUUCCUCGUAUCACUUCAUUAGGGUCUCAUUUUGCAUAUAAUGUUCCAGAAGAUAGACCCGAAUACAAACCAUUAAUAACAUCUCCCAAUGCUAUCAGGGAUUUACAACUAUCUAAGGAUAAAGAUUUCUUUGAUAUAACAUGUGGGAAUAAAAUUUAUCAUGAUAGUAAAAUUUUUCCUUACAGUAUGUCCUACUCAGGAUUUCAAUUUGGUCAGUUUGCCGGACAAUUAGGUGAUGGAAGAGUCUUAAAUUUAUUCGAUCUUCCAGAUAAUAAGGGUCGCUUCCAGACAUUGCAAUUAAAGGGAAGUGGGAAAAGCCCCUUUUCAAGAUUUGCAGAUGGGAAAGCCGUCUUACGAUCUAGUAUUAGAGAAUUCGUUGUGAGUGAAUUCCUCCAUAACAUAAACGUGCCAUGUGCAAGAGUGUUACAAUUGACGUUACUACCUGGGACUAAAGCCUUAAGAAAUGGAUUAGAACCAUGCGCAGUAUUAUGUAGAUUUGCACCAAGUUGGAUACGUAUUGGUAAUUUUGAUACUUAUAGAUCAAGACCGGAUACAAAGAGUCUUGUGAGUUUAUCAAAAUUUUGUAUAGAUGAAGUUUUCCAAAAUGGUAAAACGUUUGCUACAACGAAACAUGAUAUUAAUACAUUUAGCAAGGAUUGGUUCCCAGAUGGUAAUGAUGAAAAAGUUAAGGAGAACUCAUCACAAGAAAAUAAAGAACCUUUAAGGAUAGAUACCCCAUUAAGUAAAUAUGAUCUAUUAUUUAGACAUAUUGUCAAUUUGAAUGCAAUAUGUGUUGCUUAUUGGCAAGCUUAUGGAUUUGUUAAUGGUGUAUUAAACACAGAUAAUACAUCAAUAAUGGGCCUAUCUUUAGAUUUUGGACCAUUUGGAUUUAUGGAUACAUUCGAUCCUGGUUACACACCUAAUCAUGAUGAUAUUAAUGGAAUGUAUGCGUUAGGUAAUCAACCUACAGCAAUAUGGUUUAAUUUGACACAAUUAGCCCACUCUAUGGCAUUAUUAAUUGGAUCAGGUCAAAAUGGUAUUAUAGAUAUUAAAGAAUUAAAUGAAGAGCAGGAGAAACAAUUAGUUAUAAGGGCCAAUAAGUUAAUUGGAUUAUGUGCUAAUGAGUAUAAAUAUAGAUUCACAAUCACAUAUGCGGAUUUAAUGGCAAGACGAUUAGGAAUUGAAUUAAACAUCAGGGACAAAAAUGUUUCUGACCCGACUGUUGUGUACGAGGAUGACGAAACUAAGCAGACUAUUCAAAGCAGAGCCGAACGUGCUAAAUUAUUUUGUAGUACGAUAGUGGAGCCUUUAUUAAAUAUUCUGAAGUUAACUAAAGUUGACUAUACACAAUUUUUUGUCAAUUUACAAAAUUUUGAUAAGAACGAUAUUCCUGAUCAAAUGAGUAUUGAAGAGGAUAUACAAAAGGAUGAAAAUUAUAUUUCCUGUUUCAUUACCGCCAAACAAAGACAUGAAUACAUUGAAGGUAAAGGGAAGAGCAAAAUAAAUAGUGGAGAGAUGAGACUAUUAAAUGAGACUUUCAAAGAAAUACAAGAAUGGACCACUGAAUAUAGAUUAUGGUUAACUUCUGGUCCAUCUCCAAUAGAAAUUUCCAAACGGUACAAUCCAUUAUUUAUUCCCCACAAUUGGAUAUUAGAAGAAGUAAUAAAUGAUAUUACGGUGAACCAAAGGGAUGCAUUGGUCGAUGAUACUACCCCGUUAGAUCUUUCAUUGUUAAAAAAACUAACUCUGAUGUGUAGUAAUCCAUUUGAUUCUACUCAAUGGGAACCACAAUUAUGCGCUGAUGCUAGCAAGAGAUGGCUUACCUACACAGGUUAUGAGAAAACUCUUGGACGAUUAAAUACUCAAUCCACUUGUUCCAGUUAA